UUCAACACUCAUGUAUUCUUCAGUUCGUUCAGCAGUAGCAGUAUAUAAAGGAAGGUCGCGUGUGCUUCAAAUUUUGGAAAUUUUUGUAAUUAAAACACGCUAUUUCCUGUUUAUUGUGCUAAUACUGCUUACAAAAGGUUACUUUUCUGAAAAAUGGCUAAGCGACGAAUCGAAGUAAUGGAUCCAUUUAUCAAGAAACGCAGAGAAGAAAAAGGCAUGUUGGAUGAAGGGGCUUCUUCCAGCAAAAGUGGCAAUAGCUCCCUGUCAACUGGUACCUCCGCUUCUGGCCGAUUGAAUCCGCUUAAUGGUCAACCGUAUACGCAAAACUAUUUCAAUUUGUACAAAAAACGGAUUACACUGCCGGUAUUCGAAUACCGUGCAGAUUUUAUGCGAUUGUUAUCGGAAAAUCAGUGCAUUGUGCUGGUGGGUGAAACCGGUUCCGGUAAGACAACUCAAAUCCCGCAAUGGUGUGUUGAUUUUGCUAGGGCAAGCAGCCAGAAAGGAGUUGCUUGUACACAACCUCGUAGGGUAGCUGCCAUGUCUGUGGCGCAGCGCGUUUCCGAGGAAAUGGAUGUCAUGUUGGGUAUGGAAGUUGGAUAUAGUAUUCGUUUCGAAGAUUGUUCAUCACAAAGAACUAUUCUGAAGUACAUGACUGACGGUAUGCUGCUCCGUGAAGGUAUGAGCGAUCCAAUGCUAGAGGCCUACCAGGUAAUUCUUCUCGACGAAGCACAUGAACGUACAUUAGCUACAGAUUUGCUGAUGGGUGUUCUCAAGGAAGUUAUUCGCCAACGCAAGGACUUGAAAUUGGUUAUUAUGUCUGCAACAUUGGAUGCUGGCAAGUUUCAGCAAUAUUUUGAUAAUGCACCAUUAAUGAAUGUACCGGGACGAACUCACCCAGUGGAAAUUUUUUACACUCCUGAGCCGGAGCGGGAUUACCUUGAGGCAGCCAUUCGCACUGUGAUACAAAUUCACAUGUGCGAGGAUAUUGAGGGAGACAUUUUGAUGUUUCUCACCGGUCAAGAAGAAAUUGAGGAGGCUUGCAAAAGAGUAAAGCGUGAGAUAGACAAUUUGGGUCCAGAGGUUGGUGAGUUAAAGUGUAUCCCUCUGUAUUCAUCCCUUCCACCGAAUAUGCAGCAGAAGAUUUUUGAGCCAGCUCCACCCAAACGAUCAACCGGUGCAAUUGGACGAAAAGUGGUCAUUUCUACCAACAUUGCUGAAACAUCGCUGACCAUUGAUGGAGUUGUAUUUGUUAUUGACCCUGGAUUCUCCAAACAGAAGGUUUACAAUCCACGUAUUCGGGUGGAAAGUUUGCUGGUGUCUCCAAUCAGUAAAGCCUCUGCCCAACAACGUGCUGGGCGUGCUGGCCGUACCAGACCCGGCAAAUGUUUCCGAUUAUACACCGAAAAGGCGUACAAAACUGAAAUGCAGGAAAACACUUAUCCGGAGAUUCUAAGAUCCAAUUUAGGUACUGUCGUUUUGCAGUUGAAAAAAUUGGGAAUCGAUGAUUUAGUUCAUUUUGAUUUUAUGGAUCCACCGGCACCGGAGACACUUAUGAGAGCACUUGAACUUCUUAACUAUUUAGCUGCUUUGGACGACGAUGGAAAUUUAACUGACCUCGGGGCGGUUAUGGCGGAGUUCCCGCUAGAUCCCCAACUGGCAAAGAUGUUGAUUGCUAGCUGCAAUCACAACUGUUCGAAUGAAAUUCUCUCCAUCACUGCGAUGUUGUCGGUCCCGCAGUGUUUCGUGCGUCCAAAUGAGAUGAAAAAGGCUGCUGACGAUGCUAAGAAGCGUUUCGCCCACCUUGACGGCGACCAUUUGACGCUUUUGAACGUAUAUCACGCAUUCAAGCAAAAUAACGAGGAUCCCAGUUGGUGUUAUGAUAACUUCAUCAACUAUCGUUCGCUGAAAUCGGCCGACAAUGUACGCCAACAACUGGCACGGAUAAUGGAUCGGUUCAAUCUGAAGCGUACGAGUACUGAUUUCAACACGAACAUUUAUUAUUUCAACAUUCGGAAAGCUCUUGUACAGGGAUUUUUCAUGCAGGUUGCCUAUUUGGAACAAACUAAACACUAUGUGACAAUUAAAGAUAACCAAAUAGUACAGCUGCAUCCUUCUACUUGCCUUGGACACAGGCCGAAUUGGGUUAUGUACAACGAAUUUGUGCUGACCACAAAAAACUACAUUCGAACCGUUACUGACGUGAAGCCGGAGUGGCUUUUACUGAUAGCACCACAAUACUACGAUAUGAACAAUUUUCCGGAAUGCGAAGCUAAACGUCAGCUAGAAGUGAUAUCUGCGAAACUAGAAUCAAAACAAUAUCAACAAGGAUUCUAAAUUAGUUAGUUUUGUUUUAUCUAUUUAUGGAACCUUCGCACUUUUUUGCAAUUGAAUAUCCCAUACCCGACAAAAACGAUCUAAAACUCUGAAUUUAAUAACAUACCUGUUCAUACUUGCGUAACAAUAAACAGUUAUCGGCUAGAAAUCCAGACAUUGCUAAUACGAAUAAAUGUAGGCGUCAUUUUUGACAAGCCUUUGAA